AUGAUCAAGAUUACCAAACCAAUAUUAUCAAGCAUUUUACAAAAUCAAUUUAAAUUUAAUGCAACACAAACUCAACAAGCUAUCAGAUAUUUUUCAACUUUCCAACAACAAAACAACAACUCUAAACAAUCAUUAUUAAAUAUAAAUCAAAAUGUUAACAUUAAAGGUUAUUCAUUUUUCAAAGUUUCACAAAGUGGAUUAUUCGGUAAACAACAACAAUUCAGAGGAUAUUCAUCAUACAGUUUAGAAGAUGAAAAAAAAAUUAUUAAAGAUACAAAAGAGAAAGAAAAAGAGAAAAAAGAAGAGGAACAAAAAGAAAAAGGAAAAGAAAAAGAAGAAGAGGAUGAGGAAGAAAAUAGAGAAAAAGAAUACAAAGAAGAAGAUCAAGAAGUAGAAUACGAUCUUUUUGGUGAAGUAGAAAAUAAAGCACCAAAAUUAACUAAAGAACUCAAAUUCCAAUCUGAUCUUAUCUAUGGUGUUUUUGGAUUUUUAUUUUUCUCACUUUCAGGAGUUGCCAUUUACAAUAUGAUCGAAGAAUAUAGAAAUAGUUCAGUUAAUCCACUUGGCAUGCCAACAUACGAUGCUAUUCUCUUACUUCAAGAUAUAUACUUUGGUGAAUUAAAACCAUCAAUGGAAAGAGGAAAUCCCGAUUUCAAUACUUUAACCAAAAAAAAUUACUUUUAUGAUGAAGCUGGUAUUAGAAAUCAUUCAUCAGCUGAUACAACCACUUUAAUUGUUCCAAUUAAACAAAAGAAAACUCGUCACACUUUAGGAACUGUUAAUGUUGAUUUUGUCAAAGAAGGUGAUUUUAUUUCUAUCGAAAAUUUCUGUAUCAAUGCAAUCAAUGGUCACCAUUAUCCACUCGAAGGACCAACCCAUAAAAUCGAUACUACUUUAGAAAGAUAUACAGGAAAAUAUUCUUUAGAAGAACUUUUAACUGACCCAACAAUUGGUCUUAAUCCAAAAAAUUAA